AUGGACUCAACCCUCUUCAGUAUCGAAAAGAAUCUUGUCGUCUCAUCCGUCCUACCAGAAGGCACUCUGAGGCCCAUCACCUCAAAUGCUACCGGGAGAUACGACAACGAAUGCAUAACUGUCAGCUUGAAUCCAGCAUUGAUAAAUCCAGGGUUUCGCGAGCCUGAACCGACAUAUCUCCCGCCUCAUUGGACCUCUCAUGUUCACCCUGAAGGACAACUGUACUUUUUUCGGGUUGCUCCUUUCUCUGUGGUCACCGAGGCAUAUUUGUUUCAUGCAGAAACCAUGGCGAAAGUCACUUUCUGGGUCAAGCGGAUAGAGAGCCUCCUAGACGAAAAGAACAUCAAAGUCUCAAGCAGCAUGGAACUAUUCAUCAAGAUUGAAGAAGACGACUGUGCCUACUAUUUCGUUGACCACGCCACGAGAAUAGAGUUUUGGUUGGAUGCCACCGAAACAGACGCCCUCGGGCUACCUGACGUGGCCUCACCAUCUCAUCUCAGAAUUUGUCUAGAAGGCUUAUACUGGGCCCAUGUUGAACAUUUCCCCAUGCACAUUGGAGGACUCCCAAAGAAGAGUUAUGAUGAUCUCAUUUGUAUCUUCAACCAUGGACUUGCUGACCAUAUGACCUCAAGUGUUUCCACCUUUUUCUACUCACAAGGAGAAUGUGCGACCUUUUUGAAAGUUCUUCGGUCUGGCAAAGAUCAUAAUGAAGACGGCCAUCAAACCUGUGUUACUGCGCGACUCUGGAGCAUUGUUUGUAAUCAUAGAUUCUCGGUGUACUACGGCCAGGAAUUUUCCCGUCUAUCUCGGGACCAGGCCGUUCUUUUCCAUCCAGAGGGGAAAGUUUUCCUCGAACGCAUGGUUUCCUUCCUAUCCCUGAGAAAUUCGGCGUCCUACUCGAGGCGACUGGAUGACUUAUUCGUAGACCGCCUUGUCUAUGUAGACCAGUGGCGGCCUUUCAUGUCGAAGUGCUUACAAGAAUGGAAAGAUGCUGUUCUCUUUACUUCAUCCACAUUCAUUCUUCACGUCCCGCUUGCUUUGGGCCCAAGUCUUCCGGUGUUGACGGCCGUUUCCAUCGCAUUCUUCAGCGCCAGUCUCAUAGCGUCAAUGCUCCUAAUCCAUCGCCACAGAGAGCUGGAAAAAGCGAGUGCCAACCAGGCUUCUCAGUAUCUCGAAUCAGUCCAUUCUACCAAGAACCAAUUUCAACUUGUCGCAUUGAUGUAUUCCCUUCCAACUUCCCUACACUUUUGGGGUCUAGGAGCGCUUGUCGCCAACUGUAUCAUUAUUGUUUCCCGUCUUUUUGGUUUGAUUUCUGGCGUUAUUGUGUCUAUUGUCCUGCUUCUUGCUCUGCUCGCCUUCGAGAUAAUUACAACCGAAAAAGAGGUCUCCUCCUGGAGGUCUAUCUUCCAUUUUCGAUCGCGGAACGAGACUAAUGAUCUGGUAUAAGUUAUGUACUUUGUAUUAAACCUAUUAAUUGUAUACCUAGCCUACACUAGACAACAGACGAUUUCAAUCAUAUGCAAGACAGGCUCUUCAAUCCGCAACGCCGGCACCGAUGUCACCUGAAUCGAAGAUUGGACUACACCAGACUACACCGCCCAUGGACUCCUUGACUUCAUUUUGAACCGGAGUCCUUCCUCCGUCGCAUCUAACUGUUCGACGACUCAAGACAUAUCAUAAUCAUCCACCGUCGCUCUUCGAACACCGCCCAACGGGGGAAAAAAUCCGCAUCCUGUCCAACCACUGCUCGCACUCGGAUAAAUUUC